CAGCCGCUUGAGCCGCGGUGUUCAGUUCCGGGCCUAGACUGCUUUCGAUUUUGAAUCUCUCAGCAUGUGAUUCCGCCAACUCUUUUCGUCUUCACCAAAGGCCCAUGGAGAAUUCGGACACCAAAACUGAGGUGGUCCUUCUGGCCUGCGGGUCUUUCAACCCCAUCACCAACAUGCACCUCCGGCUCUUUGAAUUGGCGAAGGAUCACUUGCACGAAACAGGGAAGUACAAAGUAGUGAAAGGCAUCAUUUCCCCCGUGGGGGACGGAUAUAAGAAGAAAGGCCUGAUUGGCGCUAAGCACCGCGUGGCCAUGGCAAAGCUGGCAACGGAGAGCUCCGACUGGGUGGAAGUGGACGACUGGGAGAGCAGCCAGAAGGAAUGGCAGGAGACCAUCAAAGUCCUCCGGCAUCACCAGCAGAAGGUGAAGCAUUCGUGUCUCGCAAAGAGUUUUGACAACGUCGCUCCUCUGAACAAAGCAGGACGGAAAAGGAAGCGGGAGGCAAGCGGCCAACAGAGAAAUCAGGCGCAGACAAAAGCAAUCCCUCACCUGAUGAUGUUGUGUGGGGCUGAUGUCCUGGAAUCUUUCCGCAUCCCUAAUCUCUGGAAACCAGAAGACAUGGCAGAAAUUGUUGCCGAGUACGGUGUGGUCUGCGUCUCCCGAGUUGGGAACGUCGCCCCGAAAUUCAUCUACGAAUCCGACCUGUUGUGGAAGCACAAGGCGAACAUCCACCUGGUGGAAGAAUGGGUCGCCAACGACAUCUCGGCCACCAAGAUCCGGAGAGCGCUGAGGAGGGGCCAGAGCGUCCGGUAUCUGGUCCCAGAUGCCGUUCUGACCUACAUCGAGCAACACAACUUAUAUACCGCGGAAAGCGAAGAGCAGAAUAUGGGGGUGGUCCUGGCCCCUUUGCAGAAAUACGCAAAGGAGGCCACCAAAAAUUGAAUAGUCCUCUGUAGGCCCAGUCCCAGACCAGACCUCGUCAAGCUGUGGCACUUCCGGUGUUUUGGACUUCAUCUCCCAGAGCAUUGGAGAAGCAGGUUAAGGAUUCUGGGAGUUGGGGGCCCCAACAUCUGGAGGGCCACAGCCUUGGAUAUAGUGUGGACUAAACCCCAGAGAAGGGAAGCUGGUGCCUUAUUCUCUCCUAAAGAAAGUAGAAGGCUCUCUCCGAUCAUUUGAGGCUGCUUGCUUAGCUCUCGAGAUGUUAUCCCACUCUCUUUAUGGGAUGCUGGGGUAGGUGAUGCUCAAAAGAGGUCAGGGAAUGUGACGAGCGCCCCAUUUCGGGAUGCGACUGUUACAUAAAGUAUUCUGCUUUGGAGGAUAUGGGAAUGGCCGCUGCUCUACUGGUUCAUAUUGCCUUCCACGGGAUGGCCGCUUAAGUGUCUUAUGAUCCCAAGUGCUAAAAUGGUCUUCAGAGGUGUUGACCAUCAGUGUGAGUGUUGAUUGCUAAGCUGUGAAAGAAGCUCUCUCAGAAUAUUUUGGAAUGCUGCA